CCAGCCGUCGCGUUGGGGACGAACACGACACGAGUCCAAUCCAUGCCAUAUUUAAUAUGCCGUGCCGACGGAAAACGGAAAACCUGCCGUUCCUCCCGUCCCCGUCGCUCGACACGAUGCGGCAGUCUCUCUUCUUCCGGCAGCUGGCGCGGCGGCUGCUGAGCAACGUCCCGGAGUCCGCCGUCUACGGAGGGCCACGGCCGCAGGAGGCGGCGCGGCGCGUGACGGUGACCACCCUCCGCGGGAAGCACCGCCGCGGGGAGCCCAUCACCGUGGUCACCGCGUACGACUACCCCUCCGCGGUCCACGUCGACUCCGCGGGGAUCGACGUCUGCCUCGUCGGGGACUCCGCCGCCAUGGUCGUCCACGGCCACGACACCACGCUCCCCAUCUCGCUCGACCUCAUGCUCGAGCACUGCCGCGCCGUCGCCCGGGGCGCCCCUCGGCCGCUCCUCGUCGGGGACCUCCCCUUCGGGUGCUACGAGUCCUCCGCCGCGCAGGCUGUUGACUCAGCGGUGAGGGUGCUGAAAGAAGGUGGAAUGGAUGCAAUCAAGCUUGAAGGAGGUGCGCCGUCAAGGAUCAGUGCAGCCAAAGCUAUCGUGGAGUCUGGAAUUGCGGUCAUGGGGCAUGUUGGCCUCACGCCGCAGGCUAUUAGUGUGCUUGGUGGAUUUCGACCACAAGGGAAGACGGUUGAUAGUGCUGUAAAGGUUGUGGAGACAGCACUUGCCUUGCAGGAGGCUGGUUGCUUCUCGGUAGUGUUGGAGUGUGUGCCUGCUCCAGUGGCAGCUGCUGCGACAUCAGCAUUGCAAAUCCCAACCAUUGGCAUUGGGGCUGGACCAUUUUGUAGUGGGCAGGUCUUGGUCUACCAUGAUUUGUUAGGGAUGUUGCAACAUCCACAUCAUGCCAAGGUCACACCGAAAUUCUGCAAACGAUUUGGCAAUGUCGGCGAUGUCAUCAACAAGGCACUAUCCGAGUAUAAGCAAGAAGUGGAAACACGAUCUUUCCCGGGGCCAAGUCACACCCCAUAUAAAAUAACUCCCACAGAUGUUGAUGGCUUUGCGACUGCACUACAGAAGAUGGGCUUGAGCGAGGCUGCAGAUGCUGCAGCCGCCGCCGCCGCCGAAAACAGUGAGGAAGAUGGAAGGCCAAAAGAAAAUAGUUGAUUCAAUGUCAGUUAUUUUCAACCGCUAUGCUAGAUCUAGACUAGAGAGCAUAAGAGCAGUUUGAUAGCUUGCUUAGCACAAAGGUGUCCUGCGAAAUGUUAGCCAAUCCGUCUGUUGUCUGAAGAGGAUGAUGAGAUCAUAUACGUUUGAAUAA